AUGGAUCAGACAGAUCAAUCAGCUAACCCACUCAGUCCUUUCUACCUACACCAAGGGGAGAACCCAGGUCUCACCCUCAUCACUCAGGUUUUAAAUGAAAACAAUUACUCUUCUUGGAGCAUAAGCAUGAGAAGGGCUCUGAAAUCCAAGAAUAAAAUCAAAUUCAUUGAUGGGUCUAUCAAGAAACCUCCAAGAAUUGGAGCUUUAUUUGAUUCUUGGGAAAGGUGCAAUGUAAUGGUCCUUUCUUGGAUAACAAAGACACUUUCCCCACAGAUUGCAGAAAGUGUGAUAUAUGUUGAAGAUGCAAAAGAACUAUGGGAUGAGUUAAGGGAGAGGUUCUCUAAGGGUGAUUAUUUCAAGAUUUCUGACUUGCUCCAGGAUAUUCAUUCCAUUAAGCAGGGAGAGAGAGGGGGACUAAACGAUACCUACAACACUGUAAGGACCCAAAUUCUUUUGAUGGACCCUAUCCCCAACAUCAAUCGGGUUUUCUCCCUCAUUAUGCAGCAAGAGAGACAAGAGAAACAGGACUCUGCAGAAAUCAAGAUAUUGGCUAAUGUUGCUGACAGAAACAGUCAAUGGAGACCUGACCAGACCUGGAGAAGCCAAGGCCGAGGCACUAGAUCUCGUGGUCAAGGGAGAGGAAGAGGGAAGAAUUCCAGCUAUGGAAAACAGUGUUCCUACUGCAAUAAAAUGAACCACACUGUGGAUGAAUGUUAUGCCAAGCAUGGUUACCCACCUUGGUAUAAGAAAGGAGACAACAAUCAAGAUAAGAGGACUGAUUGGAGUUCUGCAAAUGCUUGCCAGAACAGUACAGGACCAGAGGGCAUUCAGAAAACCUAUCAAGGGAAUUCCUCCCAUCGUGCCAACAACAAUAAUAUUCUUAACUCUUUUACACCAGAACAGGUGCAGAAGCUCCUCAAAAUGAUAGACAAGACAGAGGAACCAACUCACAAAAUCAAUCAAGUACAGUGA